CUCAGUUCCUGCUGCUGGUGAGUACAUCUCACGCGCCUGGCUGAACACCGUCUCCUCCGACAGAUGGUACGCCCCCCUGAGUCCCGAGCACAAGUAACAACUGUCGCGCAUCUUGACCGAGUAUUGGAACAACAAACGAAUACUCACAGUUGAAGCGACAGUGAGAGACGGCGAAAAUGUUGCGGCUGAAGCUAAGCGACUCAGCGCGGAUGCUGAAGAACAUGGUGAUGCUGGGCGUGUCGUUCAUGGUGCACUUCACGGCGGUGCUGGGCGCGACACACCUGCAGAGUUCGAUCAACAAGGCGGACGGCGUGGGCACGGCCGCGCUUGCCGCGCAGUACGCCGCGCUCGUCGCUUCCAGCCUCUUCCUCUCCGUCUUCCUCAUACGACGCAUCGGCUGCAAGUGGACAAUGGCGGUGUGCAUCCUGUGCUACCUGCCGUACAUGGGCGCUCAGCUGUACCCCCGCACCUACACGCUGGUUCCCGCUGCUCUGCUGAUGGGUUUGGCGGCAGCGCCGCUAUGGAGCGCCAAGUGCACCUACCUGUGCGUCAUCGCAGACGUCUACAGCCGCGGGAGCGGAUCCAACCUCAAGACUGCACGUGACCGCAUCAUCGGCUCCUUUUUCAUGAUAUUUCUCUUCUCCAUGGUAUGGGGAAAUCUCAUUUCAUCACUGGUGUUAAAUUCUGGGACAAGCAGUGUGAGUGCUAACGUAUCAUCAGAGCUGCUUCAUUGCGGAGCAGACUUUUGUCCAGGAAGUGGCGAAACUGAAACCAAUCCAAAUCUGGCACGUCCAGAUGAGGACAAAAUCAGUAUUAUAAUGUAUAUAUACAUCGGCUGUAUAGUUCUCGCAGCGCUGAUUAUUCUCCUUGGAAUUGAUCAACAUGAGAGGUACGAGCAGAAAAGCGUUUGGUCUCAGGUGACAGCAACCUUGAGACUUCAUGUUGAUCGGAAGAUGCUUCUGAUUUUACCUAUCUCCCUAUGGCUUGGAAUUGAUUAUGCUUUUGUUGAAGCUGAGUAUUCUGCAGCUUUCGUCGCGUGCGCGUGGGGUAUCUCCCAGAUUGGCUUCGUCAUCGUUGUGUAUGGCUUGCUGAACUCUGGGGGCGCGCUGGUCACAGGCUGGCUGAUGGAGAAGGUCGGCUCCCUGCUGCUGGUGUGCGUAGUGGGCGUGGCGCACUUGGCUGUAAUGAUUGCCAUGCUGCUUUGGAAGCCAGCCGCUUCGCACACGGCAGUCUACUUCAUCAUAGCGGGACUGCUCGGCGCAGCAGAUGGACAUUGGGCUGUCCAAAUAAACGCACUGUACGCCAUAGUGUUCCCUGGCAACGAAGAUGCCGCUUACAGUAACUUCCGACUGUGGCAGUCCAUUGGGUUUGUGGUUGCCUUCUCCUACAGCCACUAUCUGUGCAUCGCAGCCAAAAUUUAUGUCAUUAUGGCCCUGCUGGUGGUUGGUGUGGCUGCAUGGAUGGGACUUGAGUUUUGUGUUCUGAGGAAAUCGCUUCUGCCCGGCAAAGUUUGAAAGGAAGCGAUGUUGCAAGAUAUAUCUCGGUGCAGCGUGUCGUGGCGAUCAGACUACUGCCCUUCUGGACAGCUGAGAUAGAUUCUGUCAGCAGAAAUUUGUGAUCUACGUUCUUGCUCCAGAUAAAUAGUCCGAUCGGUCCCAGAAAGGACAUUUCAAAUAAAAUUAGUAGAAAACUUGGGCAUUAUUUCGAAAAAUAAAAAUAAAGAUUCGUCCGUGUAGAUUCACAAGCAUAUAAUGCUGUUUUAUUCAACAGGAAAAACGUAUUUACGAAAUAAUCAUCGUUAAUUAGUUUAACUAUUCUUCUCAGGUUUCCUUAGUAUUAGCAGUAUCUAUGCACUUUUUGAGAUUGUAAUCUAGAUAUGCAAGUACGAUUGUUGUUCUUUUUUCAUGGCAAUGUUCCUGAAUGGUGUAACGCAUUUAAUGUAUAUUUUUCGGUAAAAGUUUCGUAAAGAAAAUUUUCUUCUAGUUAUUUUAUAGGGUUUAUGAUUUUAAUUUUUUGAUAAAUACAACUACAGAAACUUGAA